CAAGUUUUUUUGGCGACUACUGUAAUACCAAGUCUCAUUGUGUAGAUAUUUCUAAGCAUAUUGUUAACAUGAUUUAUCUUGAAAAAGUAAGUUCAAUAUAUAAUUUUACAUCCGAAGUACAGUAAAAAAAAGAUUUUUAUUUAGAUAAAGACCUUCAAUCAAAUAUGAGAAACGAUUAUUCUCUUUCUUAGAAACAUAAAACAAAACAAAAACAUUGUUUUCCUCAUUUCAAAAUUAGAUUUUGCAAUAAGAAAAAGUAGUUUUUUUUCUAAUACUAAAAAUAAUAUAAAAGAAUACAUUUGCCAAAUGCUUUUUCGAAGCCUUUUGAUGAGAAAAAGAAAAUAAAAACAGUCAUAUUUUUAAUUAAACAAAUAUAUAUCUUAGAAAAAUAUAUCAUCGAGAAAAAGAAUUAUCACUGAUAUAUUGUAAAAAAAAUUCAUUGUAUAUUAAAGAGACUGACUUGAUGUUUUUUAACAAAAUUAUUGUUAUUUUUAGUGACUAUUUUAUAUUCUAUUCAUUUCAAAAGCGGUUGAUAUCAGUUAAUAAUGUCUGUCAUGAUAGAGGACGCUUUCAGUUUGUGUUUCAUCAGAUAACUACUUUAUUGAUUUUGUUUUAGAUAAAUAAUAUGGUAUUAUUUAACUUGCUCAAUAUUUGGUUAUUAUCGAUGUUGAUUGGUCAAACAUCAGGCAUUGCAUACAAUCUGCCGAAAUUUUGUGCAAAUGCAACAUGGAAUCUGACGGCUAUAACUUUUGCUACUAGUGCUUUAAUUGGUACAUAUCCUUAUGGACUUUUUGUCGAUACAAAUAAUACGGUUUAUGUAGCUGAUCGAUUAAACAAUCGAGUGCAAAUUUGGCUUAACAAUAGUGCAACACCGACAAGUACUAUUUCGGGUGGUUUAAACACAUCGUAUAGUCUUUUCGUCACAGAUAAUCGUGAUAUUUAUGUUGAUAAUGGUUAUGCAAAUAAUCGGGUUGACAAAUGGGCAUUUAAUUCAAAUAGUAGUGUUCCAACAAUGUAUAAUUGUGGACCAUGUUUUGGUCUUUUUAUUGAUAUUAAUAAUAUGCUUUAUUGCUCACUGUAUAGUUCUAAUAAAGUUAUCUCACAAUCAUUGAAUACACAUUUAAAUAUUUGGAAUACUGUCGCUGGAACAGGAACUGCUGGAUCAACACCGUCUACACUUAACGCACCAUGUGAUAUCUUUGUCGAUAAUAAUUUAAAUUUAUAUGUGGCUGACAAUUUUAACAA